CUGUUUGUUCAUCACUGCGGUAUUUUCGGCGAUGGAGUAAUACUCUGCUAGCAACCCUUCAUGACAUGAGUCUGGUAAGUCACCAGUCUUAUCUCAAUUACGUAUGGAUAAAUCGUGGAUGAAAUCCGAUAGAAGAAGUAGAGAGUAUGAACUAGGAGUGGAUGAAUUGUUAAGGGCACAUCUUUUCCAACAUGGUAUUGAUGAAUCAUAUACAUGUUGGAUAUGGCAUGGAGAGCUAAAUCCAGAUGAUGAACCCCCUCACCCACACAAUAAACGUGUUCAUGACUCAUUUGACGAUGGAACAGAUGAAAACAACAAAGAAGAUGGUGAGGACAGGUCUUUUGAAUACUCUGAUUUCAUGAACCAUGUCCAAGGGGAUUCUGAACCCCUUUACCCGGGAUGCAACACCUACACUAAGCUGAAGGCACUAGUGAAAUUAUAUAACUUGAAGGCAAAGCAUGGGAUUUCUGACUCAUGCUUCUCUGAAAUUCUGCUUUUGCUGGGGACAUUUCUCCCAAAGGGCAACUGCCUGCCUUCGUCAUUUCGUGAAGCAAAGAAGACCUUAUGUGCUUUAGAAGGGCCUAACAAGGAUGUACCCACUUUCAGUGGGUAUAAAAUCAAUGGUGUGACCUACAGCACCAAAGAACGUGAUGAUAUGCGUCAAGUUCAGUGUAGUGGUGUUUGUGUAGAAGCUCAAACAAUGCUCGUAGUUGUGCUUGUCCUCCUGUAUAUUGAUGUUGCUGUGUCUUAAGUUGUGUCCUCCUGAUGGAUACGUUGGGCCAUAGUUUUUUUGCUUUUUGGGUAUAACAAUAAUGCUGUUCACUUGGUGGCUUUUCCCAAGAAUGGAUGAUUGAAGGAUAUUAACGGAAUGCUUGAAGGAUGAAGCUUGAGGGAUAUCCAUGUUGAUCAUGUUUUGGAGGCAUCAUCAUGAAAAAUUGCAGCACCAAAGCAGUUUCUUGAGCAAAAAAGUUGUUCUCUGGUU